GCAUCUAAAAAUAAUGCUAAUAGAUCAAAUAAUAAUACGAAAGCUGAUUAAUAAACUUAUUGUAAAACAUAAAUAAAUUAAAUUUAGAGUAAAAGUAUGGAAUUUGGAAUGAUGAUGGUAUUGAUAAAUCUAAGAAAACAUAAACUAAUAAUAAUAAUAAUAAUAAUAAUAAUACUAUUUAAUGGAAUGUACCUUAAACAGAAGUAAUUAAACCACCAUUCUAAGAAAUUAUUCAAAAACUUGCAAAACCAAUCGAAAAAUGGGAUGUUCCAGCAUCAAAAUCAAUAUAAUAACAACCUUAAUAAAUAUAAUAAGCAAAAUAAAAUACUUAAUCAUCAUAAUAAACUUAAAAGCAAAAUAUAAUUGAUAUAUUUGAUUUUGAACCUUAAUAAAAUGAAUAAGCAUAAGCUCCACCACAGAUUUAACCACUUUAACCUCCUCCAACAUAAAAAUCAAAUAAUAAUGAUUGGGGAUCUUUUGAUAAUGUAAAACCUUAGGUCUUUCCUUAAUAAUAAACAUAAUCAUAAGUUCUUUUGCCUUUAGAUGUAUUUAGUUAAUAAGUUUAAUAAUAAUAAUCAAUAUAACAAUAAUAAAAUUAUAUUUUUGGAUAAGAACAAUAAUAGAAUCAAUAAUAAUAACUAUAAUAACUUUAUUAAUAAUAAUAAUAUUCAUAACCACAAUAAUAUUAUUAGUAGUAAUAAAAUUAAUAAACAAAUUUGAAUCUUUAUUAAUAAAAUUAACAAUAGUCUUUAUAAAUAAACUAUAAUUAAUUACAAUAUAAUUCUAUAAAUAAUCAAUAGUAAUACUUUUAAGUUAAUCAAUAAUAGUUUAAUUAAAAUUAGUAAAAACUAUAAUAAACAAAGUAGGAAGAUUAAUUAUUUGGAGAUUUUAUUUCUACUUAAUAAUAAAAAUAAACAAAUAACAAUCCAAAUGAUCUUCUUGGAAUGUUAGAUUUGAAAAAAGAAAAAGAAGAAUUAGAAAGUAAAAAAUAGAUUCCAAUUGUAAAUCAAUAGAUAUAGUAAAAUUAAAUUUACCCUGACAUAGAUACAUUUACAUAUAACUAUCAAAAAAAAUAAUAAACAUUUAGCAAUUGUAAUUAAUUUGAAUUAUUUUAGAUCAAUAUCCAUAAGGAAGAUGA